CCUUACGCGCCAACAGGAUCCCCUGUUUGCUGCGGUGACUCCUAAUCCUAACUUCUUACCUUCCCACUCUAUUCACUGACACCCCAAAGAUUCCUAAUCCCAAAUCUCACUUCUUUUUUCUUUUCAAGCCCCGGAGCAAUAAAAAAGCUGAAUUCCUCGUAAAAUUUAAAAAUGGAAGACCAAGAAGAUUGCUUUGCUUGACAAAAGCGGAAAGCCCCGUCAAGCGAAAAAGAAAAUAAAGCAAAGCGUCAAUAUGGGGUUCUAGGGUUCUCUCUCUUGUGCCACUAAAGUAUUCCUUCUUCAAAUAUCUAUCAUAACCCAGCAGCUCCAGUUUCCUUUUUCUCCCUACUAAUCUUAUUCAAGGGUUAUGCGGAUUCUGAGGGAAUAGUUUUGGUCCAAGGCUGGUGAUAUCGUCUUGUACACGAAUUGAAUUGGUUGAAAAACAACCAGAUGCCGGACGAAGACUUGGUGGAGCUUAAGUUCCGUAUAUAUGAUGGGUCAGAUAUUGGGCCCUUCCGCUACUCACCAGCUUCUACUGUAGCCAUGCUAAAGGAAAGAAUUGUUUCAGAAUGGCCAAAAGAUAAGAAGAUUAUACCAAAAGCAGCUAAUGACAUUAAACUUAUAAACGCCGGAAAAAUUUUGGAAAAUAGCAAGACAGUUGGUCAGUGUAGGACACCUUUCGGUGAGCUUCCUAGUGGGAUUAUCACCAUGCAUGUUGUCGUCCAGCCUUCUCUGGCAAAAGCGAAAGCAGAGAAAGAUGUUGAUGAGAUGCCAAGAAAACACAUAUGUGCAUGUUCAAUUUUGUGAGAAUCCAUCAUCAUCCGGAGUGAAGCUGCAGAGGUUUGCCUUUUGGAUGCUGGGAUGGAUCUCUGAGGUCGUGGGAAUGCGUAGCUGGAAAGACAAAUGUUUGCUGGAGGGUAUUCCUGACUUGUCUGUGAUGGUUUUCUUUGCUGUAUAAAAAUGGGUGUGUUGUAAAAGUCGUGUAAAAUAUGUAACAUACAAGAACUUUUCAUGAUCUCUGUUCCCUGAGCACAUUGAACAGUAUUCCGUAAUGGGAAUGAAAUGAUCAAUAUUAUUAUAUACACAGCCGUUUCUUAAGCAUU